GCAGGAUGUCACGUGUGGGCUGAGCUGGGGAAAACAGAACGAACUGUGGAGCGGCGGCGGCCACCUUGGGGACCUCGGGGGGCGCAGAGGCGAUCAUGCCGUACGUCCUCAUCAGUACUCAGAUCCGCAUGGAGGUGGGCCCCACAAUGGUGGGCGAUGAACAUUCUGAUCCAAACUUGAUGAACUAUCUAGGGGCCACGAAAAGAAACAUGCUGGGGAAUCAUUUCUGGGAAUACUAUGUACAAGAUGCCCCCCGGAUUGUCUUGGACAAGCUGGAGAAGCGUGGCUAUCGAGUGAUCAGCAUGACAGGAGUGGGGCAGACGCUGGUCUGGUGCCUCCACAAAGAAACUACAGAUUUUCUGCCUGCCUAAGAUAUUGCUGUAAAUUGCCUGGCUUACAUCUGGCAUUGUUUUUCCAAUGUGUUGUUCAUUUCUAGGCACUAUGAAUGAAGUAAGUCCUUGUCACAACCCUGCACUAUGAAAUGUAGCCACCACUACAAGAUCAUUACAGGAAGAAGGGUGGCCGAUUAGCUUUAAUGGCCCGGGGUUGUUUUUUUUUUUUUUUUGCAAAUUUCCAAGAGAUGAAUCUUGGUUGGCAUUAAUUUGAAUGCCAAUCCAGAAUUUGCUAGUAUUGCAGUGUUAUCUCCCAUUUAUUACUGUUGAGUGAUGACAACCUGGCAUUAAAUCCACUGUGCAAGUAACAGUCUCAGGCUAAAUUGGGGUGGGUGGGGGCAAGGUCAAGCAUAAAAUGGUUGCUACUUUGCUGGGGUUGGUAAGAAAAAAAGGUUGCCAUGGAACAAAUUGGUCACUAUUAAGCACAGCAUGUAUUCAAGUUGAAAUGAAGCAAAGAUGUUCUCAUUUAAAGGUGAAAGAGUAUGAAUGGAAUUCUUGAGGCUGUGAUAUGUGGCUUUUCACUAUCCCUACAUAUGUAUCUUGAAAAUAUUUCAGUAUUAGUUAUGUGAUUUUAUCAGUUGCCCUUCCAUUGAAGGGAUUAUUUGGAACCAUAUGUAGUUGUACUGAAACAUUCCUAAAGUAGC